AUCGCGCAGCCGCAGUGGAGUCCAAGAGGGGCAAGGCUGGCUGCAGCUCAAGUGCCUCGUAGCACGGAAGCGUGUGCGCGCGGGUCUUUCUGUACUUCCAGCCGGGGAGUUCUGCGCAGCCGCCCGGAGCUCCCCGAUGCCAUGCCCCUCCCACCACCCUUACUUCCGUGUGACUUCUAAUUGCUGUGGCGUCUUAGGGGGUCGCUAGCCUCUUUUCCCUACUGUCUGUGCUUGCAGCAGUAACGACAAAAAAAAAGUCAGAAGAGAAUGUGUUGCAACAUGUAAGCCUACUAGCAAUUGUUUUUCUGGCUAGGAAGCAAAAGGGCUCCCCAGAACGAAGAAAUACUGUAAUCCGGGACCUCCUUUUUCCCCAACGCCUCAACUUCUACCCAGCAACAGAGGCCCUUGACCCCGCCCUUUUUCUCUUAUUGGACAAAUUGAAUCCUCAUUUGCCGUUCCGAUUGGUCAUCCGUGAUCGUCCUGAUUUUUCCAAUUGGCGAAGCUGCCAGGAGAAUUUUUUUUUUUUUUUUCCCCCAGGUUGGUCCGCUGAGGAGGCGGGGUCGUUUCUGCGGGAUUAUUUUCCCGGAGCCUCUUCUGAUUGGGUGGUGUGGCGCAACGCGCGCGACCCUUCAAGAUACCAAACUGUACGCAUCUCUGACCCUUUCCUCUCCUUGCUCCUGCUGGUAAACCGAAGCCCAGGAGACUUCCAGGUUUGGGCAUCUGCAGAGGGCGAGGAACUGGUCAUGGCGCCGGGUGGGCUUGCAGCUGUGACGCUUAUGUGGACACCUCAGUCUCGCUGGUGGUUCACCUCGGCUUCCCAGUUUAUUUACUGACGUCGACAAAUAAAUGUUGAAUAAGGAAGAAGAGUUAGAAUUGCUUCAAGCCCCCUGGAGUUUUAGCACUAGUCCCGCCUACUCCCUUCUACUUCCAGGUCGGGGGGUGGGGGCGGGUCCAAUAGAAAGGCGGAAGCCAGUGUCCCAGGCGUUCUCACGCCCGCAACAAUUCCUGAGUAGGGCCUUGCUUGAGUUCUUCGGAAAGUCUCAUCACCCCCACAUCGCCUCUUUAGGAAGUCACUUAAUGUUUGGCUUCAUUAUUCCCACAUCCCUUUCCUAACUACUUGCCUGCACUUCUUGAGAAAAAGACUGCAGAAAGGAGAGGUGGGGCUUUGAGUAGAAACAAGCAAACCGCAGGUCCCUGUGGGGGGACCCUCCAGGAAGAAGGGUAAUUUCCUGCCUCCUUAAAUUGGCUGCUACGGUCAGUUAUUUUGCUCCCAACCCCGGAGCUUCAGUUGCUCCUUCACUUGCCAGUUCCGCAAGAACCGUGGGCGACAGUUAUGGAGAAGCGUCUGCAGGAGGCUCAGCUGUACAAGGAGGAAGGGAACCAGCGCUACCGGGAAGGGAAGUACCGAGAUGCUGUGAGUAGGUACCAUCGAGCUCUGCUUCAGCUGCGGGGUCUGGAUCCGAGUCUGCCCUCUCCGUUACCUAAUCUCGGACCUCAGGGCCCGGCCCUCACGCCUGAACAAGAAAACAUACUGCAUACCACCCAGACAGACUGCUAUAACAAUCUAGCUGCCUGUCUCCUUCAGAUGGAGCCCGUGAACUACGAACGAGUGAGAGAAUAUAGUCAGAAAGUCCUGGAACGACAGCCUGAUAAUGCCAAGGCCUUGUAUCGGGCUGGAGUGGCCUUUUUCCAUCUGCAGGACUAUGACCAGGCCCGCCACUACCUCCUGGCUGCCGUGAAUAGGCAGCCUAAAGAUGCCAACGUCCGGCGGUACCUCCAGCUGACACAGUCAGAACUCAGCAGCUACCAUAGAAAAGAGAAGCAGCUCUACCUGGGCAUGUUUGGUUAACAAAGAAGAAAGAUGCUCCUCCAGUUGAACUUAGGUGGACCAUUAAACAUGCAUGAAGGAGAAAUCUGAGCCUCAGCAAGAGAAAUUAACCCUAUACCUCUGACCCAGGUGUAUUUUUGUUUCUAGUUCUGCACAAACUUCACUACUUAGACAGUCUGAGUCUUUUUCUGUCUAUCCAUCUGUUUAUUUCUAUACCUUUCAAUACAUGUUAUUGUUGCAGAUAUUUGGCUUGAGAAAUAUAAUCAGAAAACAUACAUCAGUUGUGGGUGGAAUUAAUCAUAUCUCUGGUAUAGAUUUUUCAUGACAGUGUUGUUAGAUGUACUUAUAUACAGAGGUGACAGCUUGCAGAGGAUGACAUAGUAAGGAUAGGCAGAAAGAAUUGUCUUCCUUUAUUUUUUCAGAAGCCCAAACCAAAGUGGGAAAUAUGGCCGGGCGCUCUAGCUCAUGCCUGUAAUCCCAGCACAUUGGGAGGCUGAGGCCAGCGGAUCACCUGAGGUCAGGAGUUCAAGACCAGCCUGACCAACAGGGUAAAACCCUGUCUCUACUAAAAAUACAAAAAUUAGCCUGGCAAGAUGACACAUGCCUGUGGUCCCAGGUACUGGAAACUAGACAAUUAUAAAUGGGCCAGGCUGGGCAUGGUGGCUCAUGCCUGUAAUCCCAGCACUUCGGAAGGCAGAGGUAGACAGAUAGCUUGAGUCCAGGAGUUCGAGACCAGCCUGGGGAACACAGUGAAACCCUGUCUCUAUAAAAGAUGCAAAGAUGGCCGGGCGCGGUGGGUCAGGCCUGUAAUCCCAGCACUUUGGGAGGCUGAGGCAGGUAGAUCAUGAGGUCAGGAGAUUUGAGACCAUCCUGGCUAACACAGCGAAACCCCGUCUCUACUAAAAAUACAAAAAAUUAGCCGGGCGUGGUGGUGGACGCCUGUAGUCCCAGCUACUCAGGAGGCUGAGGCGGGAGAAUGGCGUGAACCUGGGAGGUGGAGCUUGCAGUGAGCAGAGAUCACGCCACUGCACUCCAGCCUGGGCAACAGAGCGAGACUCCGUCUCAAAAAAAAAAAAAAAAAAAAAAAAAUGCAAAGAUUAGCUGGGCCAGGUGUUCACCUGUAGUCCCAGCUAUUCUGGAGGCUGAGGUGGGAGGAUUGCUUGAAUCUGGAGGGCAGCGGUUGCAGUGAGCCAAGAUCCUGACACAGCACUCCAGCCUGGGUGACAGAGUGACGUGUCUCAAUAAAUAAAUAAGCCCAAAUAUACUAAAGUAACUUUUUGUUUUUUGAGACAGAGUCUCACUCUGUUGCCCAGUCUGGAGUGCAGUGGUGCCAUCUUGGCUCACUGCAACCUCUGCCUCCCAGGUUCAAGUGAUUCUCAUGUCUGAGCCACCCAAGCAGCUGGGAUUACAGGCAUGUGCCACCACGCCCGGCUAAUUUUUUUGUAUUUCCUUUUUAGUAGAGACAUGGUUUUGCCAUGUUGGCCAGGGUGCUCUUGAACUCCUGGCCUCAAGUGAUCCACCCACUCGGGCUCCCAAAGUGCUGGGAUUACAGGUGUGAGCCACUAUGCCUAGCCAAAAGUAACCAUUUUGUUUAAUUUUUUUCUUUUUCUUUUAAUUUUAAGUUCCAGGAUCCAUGUGCAGGAUAUGCAGGUUUGUUACAUAGGGAAACGUGUGCCUCGGUGGUUUGCUGCACCUAUCAACCCAUCACCUCGGUAUUAAGUCCAGCAUGUAUUAGCUAUUUUUCCUCAUGUUCUCCCACCCCCCGCCACAGCCCCUGUUAAAUUAAUUUCUUAUUCUCCUUAAUAUUCCAUACACAUUCAGAUUCCUUCUCCCCUACAAAAAUAUUUGCUAUUUUGUCCUUGCUAUUUCUCAUACUUAGAUCAUUCAUACACUAUAUUUAUUUUUUCAUUAAACUAUUUUAAAACCUUU